AUGCUCGCAACCCAUGGACCGUCUGGAAAGGACAUCAUUGGAACCAAGAUUGAUCCUGAGGAUAUGGACACCUGGCGAGAUGACCCUGAAAGUAUUGAACCUUCCAGCGGCAGCGCUGUCUCCAGCACUAUCCAGCUCGACGGCGAGACAACGGGCGAAGGCGAAGGCCUGGAAAUAUCGAAGUGGCGUCGUCAUCCUUCUCAGAAUAAUAUUAUGCUGUGUGGACUCAACACGAGAAAGGGUGAAUACUACUAUUGUCAUGCAUUUGACCACGAGGCAGGCGGAAAGCUCACGACACGAUAUUUGGGUCAUGGUGGAAGCGUCGACGGCUUCUCCGCCAGCGUCAAUGCUGAUCCAAAUGUAUUCCUGACUUGGUGCAGCGACGGACAUGCGCGGUUAUACGACGUCCGACAUCCCUUGCCUGUGCUGACGAUUGCAUCGGCAAAACAUCUAGAGCCUAUGCCUGCAGCGGUACUUGCUCAUCCCGAUGGGAUUCCUUAUAGGUCUCUCAUCUUUACAGGAACUGCACGAAGCAAAUGUAUUAACCUCUGGGAUGUUCGCUCCCGCGCGAUGCUUUAUGAACUCGCGACGGGGAACAACUGCGUUGAAGCUUUGGCUUGGGACGAGACAAGCAACUCGCUCUAUGCAGCGACGAGCUGCCCACACAUCGACUGGAAUGGACGGCACCUUGAUUAUCGCCCUGCCAGGAUUCCGAAGGUGAGGACUGGCGAAGACGAAGACGGCGAAGGCGACAGCGAAGAUAAUGCAGAAGAAGACGACAUCGAGGAACCAAGCGAUGAUAUAUGCUGGCCGAAAGGCGCGCAUCAUGCUGAAGAUCACUUUGGGCACGUCUUUGACGCAGGUGAUCAUAGGCUUUAUAAAUUCAAGUUCAAGAUGGAUCCUGACCCCAAUCAGCUGCCAUAUUAUGGAUCAGCGUCUCUCAGCACUGGCUUUUGGUAA